AUGCACUCACCAGGUUAUUACAGGAUAGUGGGUUCAUGUAAUGGGUUGAUUUGUUUGUCCAAUGAUUUAUACGGUAAUGAAAGCUAUACUACUGUUGUUUGGAAUCCAGCCAUUAGAAAGACCUUGCAUGUUCCAGAUCCCCCUAGUGUACUCCCCAAUCGUCUUAAAUACGGUGCUGUUGGUGCUGUUGUUGGGUUUGGAUUUAAUUCUUGGACUAAUGAUUUCAAGAUUAUUAAAAUGGUGCAUUAUCGGGAUUCGAAUUUGAAUAUUAUACUUCCAGCAGAGGUUGAGGUAUAUGAGAUAAAAACUGGUUUGUGGAGAGGCAGUCGUGCUGUUGUUCCUCCGUAUGACAUGACUCCCAAAAGUUGUUCUGAUGUUAGAAAGUGUGUUUUUGUUAAAGGGGCUUCCCAUUGGCUAGCAAUUGAGGCGGGAGAAGAACAGGAUAGCUAUUUGAUCUUGUCGUUUGAUAUGAUGCUUCCGGGUACCGUUUCUAAUGGCAGUAGGUUGAAGAUGUCAAUUUCACUUUUUGGAGAAUCUCUAUCUCUAUUCCAUAAACGUAUGGAUUUUCCCUUUCCAGGAUGGUGUAUGUGGGUGAUGAAAGAUUAUGGUAUUGUGGAGUCUUGGAUGAAUUUAUUUACUUUCAAAGAACCAAUAGAAAGGGUUUUGGGAUUUAGGGGAACUGGUGAAGUUGUUGUGACAUGCUUUCACCAUAAGCUGGCUUCAUUCGAUACUGCGAGCAAGAAAGAAACCGAUCUUGGAAUCCGGUGGUCUCGAAAAGACUUACUUUAUUUGGAUACUUAUAUGGAGAGCCUAGUUUUACUUGAUCAAGGCUUAUUUUGUUAG